UGUCAAGCGCCAGUCAUGACUAUAGUUGUCCUCAAUCUAUACAGAUACAAAUUUCAAGAACCUCUACCAGCUGGUAUAAACUGGAAUAAAAAUUAUACAAAACUAGUCGUUGAUGAUAGGUACACUUUGUUAACAGAUGAUCGUCAAAUUACGAGGGAACGGCCAAGAACAGACGAUAAAAACAGGAAUGUUCUUCGAGUGAAUAACCUUCGAGAUCUUGAAUCAACAAAAGAUUUACUUCUGAGCAAGCCUUUAUUAACGACAGUUAAGUGUCCACUUCCAGACGUAAGCAAAGUGAAAUAUCUUGUGAUAGUCCUUACGUCUAGCCCCGAAGUAAAAAGUGUGGUUCGUAAAAUGUUCAAUAUGGCCAAAUCGUUGUUGUUGGAAAACAAAAGGUUCGUCAUCACGUUUAAUCUUGAUGCGACAAUCAGUAGUUGGUACUUUAAUAGCAUGGCUGAUGUGUUUUGUUAUACCGAGAGCAUGUGUAAAGGUGCAAAUUUUUAUCUUACUCACGAGGCCAGGGAAAAAUGCAUCUUUGCUCAAGAAUACAUCGACUGCUACAUGAAUAAAGCAGUAUUGUGUUGGUUUCUGUGUUGCCCUUUAUGCCUGGUAAUUGGCUGUCCCUACGUAAUAUACCGACAUAUUUUGAGAGGAAUUGAAGACAUCAAAUAUUCAGCUUCAUUGACGGUCAUCGUGGGUGAAGUUGACGAUAGUCGAGAAGAAUUUACCAAUUGCUCCUCAAGGCUCUUUCACUCCAACUUUGAAGAAGAUCCAAAUCAAGGAAUAGAAGAACAUAGGAUUCCUCUGGAGAUCUUCGUCGAGUCUGUUAGCGAAGAGUCAUCGCUAUGAACCCUUUCAGUUACUUAUACCAAUACUUAAAACUUUUGAUUUUCCUUUUGUUGCCCAUCCCGAAUAUAGAACAGCAGAUUUAAGCAAAGUUACGGAACUAGUAUAAAGACAAAUAUCGUAUUUAUUUGCAGUGCCA